AUUAAUACAAAGGCGUAUCCACAUACAAUGUUCAUGAUAAGAUGAACCUUUCUUCACCAAGGAUGCGAAUAGUUGAAUUGUGUUGUAGUGUCAAUGACAUGAACAUGGACAGGUCCUUGUGUCUCAGGAAUGAAGUCCAUACGUGACAUUCUUAAGGAACUGGAUGUGGAUAUAAACAGUAGGUAGAGGUGUUGUGGUCGCAGUUCAAAUUGGCGACGACAGAAGAAAAACCUUGACCGAAAUGGUAAAAGCGAGCCUCUUCAUCGCCGUGGUAACCUCCUCUAUUAUAAUAUCCAUUAUAAUACCAACCUGCCGCGGCCUCGAGGGACAGUUAAAAAAAUACGUAUUUAACAACAAUGGACUUGGAACAUACAGCUUCGAAUAUGAAACUCAAGACGGCACAUACAGAAGAGAAGAUGGCGGCUUGGUGAACGGACCAGACGGAUCUCUUGCGGUCCGAGGUGAAUACGGUUACAUAGACCCGAGUGGCCGUCCCUUCGCCUUGCGGUACAUUGCUGACGCCAACGGUUUCCAACCCCUGUUACAUGACGACACGAGAUUCAACGAUAGAAGGAUCUUUUGA